GCGUGCGAUGGGCCAUACCACCAGGUGCGGCCCUGCGUGCUGGCGCCGGCGCAGGACUGCCAGCUGUCGGAGUGGGGCGACUGGGCCAAGUGCAGCACCCUCUGCGGCGGCGGCAUGCAGGUCCGCGCCCGCAGGAUUGCCAUCCAUCGCGAGAACGGCGGCUCGCCCUGCAGCGGUGCCAUGUCGGAAGCUCAGAUGUGCAACGAUGUCCCUUGCUCGAGCUCUGCUCCGGAGUGCGAGCUGAGCGACUGGGGCGAGUGGAAGGCGUGCGACGGCCUGGCCACGCAGACCGCCCGGGUGCGCGCCGUGCUGCCCCCCGAGGCCGGUGGCGUCUCAGAGUGCCGGCUCCCGGGCAACGCGAGCGCGCCGCUGCAGGAGAUCAAGCCUUGCACCCCCAACGACAACGUCGCUAGGAGCAAGUGCGAGUUGAGCCUGUGGAGCGAGUGGGGCGCGUGCAGCGGCAGCUGCAGCGGCCAGCGCUCAAGGAGCCGGGGUAUGCUGGGCAGCCUCAACGACGGCCUCGUGUGCGAGCUGCCGUCCGACCAGGCGACGCUGGAGGUGGAGCCGUGCGGCGAGCACUCGUGCCUGGGCGGCGCCGAGAAGUGCGAGCUGUCCGACUGGGCCGACUGGUCGCCCUGCUCGCGCAUGUGCGGCGAGGGCAUGGCGGAGCGCUCCCGCAGCGUCACGCGCCAGGGUCCCUCCUGCGCCGUCUCGCUGAAGGACGUGAAAGCUUGCUCGCUGUCGAAUUGCACAGUGGUCGACUGCAAGCUCGGCGACUGGGAGCAGUGGGGUACCUGCACCACCACCUGCGGCGGUGGCCUCAUGGAAAGGAAACGUGGCGUCGCCUCGCUGCCGCGGCACGGCGGCAGGGAGUGCGAGGCGGGCAGCAUGUCGGAGGCCGCGGCCUGCGGCACGCAGCCGUGCAGGACGUGCAUCGACGGCGCAUGGGGCCAGUGGGGCAACUGGUCGGCCUGCACGGGCAGCUGCUCCCCGGCCUACCGAGUCCGCAGGCGAGAAGUGGAGAAGCACCCGAACGAGUGCGGCAAGCACGCGACUGGUCUGGAGGACGAGUACGGGCUGUGCGCGGGCCUCCCGCCCUGCAAGCCGGACCGCGACUGCGAGCUGUCGGCCUGGUCGGAGUGGUCCGCCUGCAGCAGCACGUGCCGCGGCACCAGGCAGCGGAAUCGAAACGUCAAGGUCUUCCAGAGCGGCGAGGGCCGGAAGUGCAACGCGGAGUCCCUCCAGGAGACGUCGCCCUGCAGCCCCGGCCCAGGCGAGGACGCUCCAGAAGGCUGCCGCGCGGAGGCUCGGCAGUCCUGCCAGUUGGCCGCGUGGUCGCCGUGGGGCGACUGCUCGCAGACGUGCGGCGGGGGCCAGGCUCAGAGGUCCCGCUUCGUGCUCGUGCCCAGCGACGAGGGCGGGGAGCCUUGCUCGGAUUCGCUGUCAGAGGUGAAGAAGUGCCUUUCGAAUCCGUGCAACCAGAGCUUGUGCCAGGACUGCGAGUGGGAGCAGUGGUCCGACUGGAGCGAGUGCCCAGCCUCGUCCUGCGCGGGGCAGAAGUACCGUCGCCGGGCCAUCCGGCGCGCGCCCAACUUCUGCGGGAGGCCGUGCAACGAGUCGCACUCCAAGGAGACGGCGCCGUGCGACUCGACGUGCGCGGGAGAGGGUGCGCCAGCAUUCUAUUGCGCCUGGUCCGGCUGGGCCGACAUGGGCGGCUGCGUAGCCGAGUGCGGGGCCACGACCAGGCUGCGGUCGCGAAACCUCCAGCUGCUGCCGGCGGUCGCCGGGAACGGGAGCGCCCUGCUGACGGCGGCCGCGGCCCUCUUCGCGUCUCCGGGCGGUUACGUGGCCUGCUCCGGCGCGCAGACGGCGCAGGAGCACUGCCUGCUCCCGCCGUGCGACGGCCAAUGCGAGCCCGUCGACUGCGUAUUCUCGGACUGGAAGGACUGGGGCGCCGCCACGGACAACUUGCUCUGCGAGCGGCAGCGCGACAUCGUCAGGAUGCACGAUUGCGGUGGCAAGCUCUGCAGCGGCAGCUUGUCGCAGACCGAGCGGUGCACGGAGGGCACCGCCGGCCUGCAGGACUGCGUCCUGUCGGAUUGGUCCGCCUGGGAGCCGCCUGGUGCGUGCGAGGCGAACACGCAGCGGUCGCGCAAGCGGACCGUCGAGCUGCAGCCGGCCGGCGGCGGCCGCGCUUGCGAGGCCGCGGCGGGCGGCUGCCGAGACGUCCCCGCGGACGGAGCGCGGGCGGACUGCCAGCUGGGCCCGUGGGGCGAGUGGUCCGCGCACCCCCCCGCGGCUCACCGCAAAGUGCCGUGGGAGGUCUACAUGCUCGUCAUCCUGCGGCCCUGGCACGCGCAACAGGGCGCGAUCGACAACUCUAGCUACAGCAGCUACGUGGUGUGUGACGGGUGCAGCAGAUGGCGCUACUGCAAGAAUAUCACCAGCAGGGGCGACCUCUGCAUCUGCGGCAAGAACCUCGCCUGCCUCGUCCCCGACGGUCAUGUCUUCCGUGACGACGAUGGUGGGUGGCUGGCAGCACAGCCCCAAGGAGGAACCUCGCCCAGGAUCAGCUGGGCAGAUGGUUGGCAGCCAGGUGGUGGUGCAGGCGGGAAAGGACAAGGAGGCCAACGCCAGCCACCACCUCACGACAAGACUGUCGACCUCAAGGCUGCCGCCGCAGCAGCUUACAGCGAGCUCAGCAAGGACGACCCGCUCAGGCAGUACUACGAGGCCCUGUGGCCAGAGCUCGCCGCAGCCAAGCCACCAGCAGACCAACCAGUCGUUGGAUUCAAGGCAGUGGAGGCAGCUGCUCGACGCUUGGACAAACUCCAGAAGAAAGUACGAUCGGCAGGGGAGCAAGUUGAGAGUGCCCAGCAGUACUUGGCUGAGAGUGAACGCAAGCUUCGUGAAGCCAUGGAAGCCUCCAUUGCAGCCGAAGAUGAGUUCGACAAGCUCAAGGCCACAGUCGGCAAGCAAGAGGCACCAGCUGAACCUGCAGCCGAGAAGCCAACUCUGGCAGCCCUCCUGGAGCAGUUCGAGCAUGAGCCUGACGACUUCCACAAGUGGUCCGAGCCCGACAAGGAGGUCUGGCGAGCAGCAAAGGCCAAGGGCGAGCGCAUGGCCCAGACGGUCAAGGAGCACGAGGAGGAGACGGCGAAGCACCUGCGACUACUGGAGGAAGAGACGGCCAGGCACCAGGAGCAGCUGCGCCAGCUCGAGCAGGUGCCACCACAUGCACUGAGGCAGCAGGGACAGCCGCCGCGGCUGCGCCCACCGGCGCCGCAGCAGCUGCCCAACCAGAAGCAGGCGCAGCAGAACAUGACAAAGCAGAAGAAAGCCGAGCCAGAGUGGAGGCCCACAUCCAGGAGGCGCGAGAGAAGGUCUCGCAGGCUAGGCGCGCCGAGACAGUCGUCGACGCAGAAGGGCAGGGUGACCACUCAGCAGGGUAGCCGCCCCAAGGCGAGCGCGAAGAAGGCUCGCCGCCCGUGCCGCAUCGACUUCUUCAACGUCACGACCUGGGGCCCCCAGGUACAGGGCUACCUCAUGGAGAUCAACAAUACCAAGGACAGGGACAUCAUUGGCAUCGCGGAGCACCACCUCCGCCAGCCUGCGCAGAUAAGCAAGGCAAGAGCGGCGCUCAGGAGGAAUGGCACGCACAGCUACUGGACCAAGGCACGGCCAGGAGAAGGAGAAGGCACUCGAGGAGGCACGCGUGCCAUCACGCGAGGAUCCUUGGACAUUCAGGACAGGAUCGCGGGUUUAGAUGAGCACUACCUGCACGAGGACGGCAGUGACGUCACGGUGGUGAUCUCCAACCUGCACAAGGUCCGUUUCGCAGUGGCUUUCGUCUACCUUGAGUGUGGGACGGGCUCUGGAGAGAGGAACGCCGACAUCCUCUGCGACCUGCGGGAGAAGAUGGCCGUCUGGGGUGAAGCCAGGUGCAUCGACUUCGCGCUGAUCUCGCAGGGCCUGGCGCCGUAUUUCGACCAGCUGGAGCUGCCCAGGACCGCGCCGUGGAAGCCGCACAUCGGCAUCCGCUUGAAGUUGAAGGGGCGGCCUCUCAUGCUCAAGGGCAGGGUACUUCGCAGGCCAGCAGCCAUAGAGCCGCCAGUCACAGUCGAGAGAAUGCCGAAGUCCAGAGCCGCUUGCAGACGAGCGGCGCGCGGAGGCCAGGAGGCCAUGCGCCGACGUCAGCAAGCGCUGGCAGAGGCAGGAUGCGACCUGGACGAGAACGACAUGGAGCCAGUGCCGCAGCUGCACUACGACAAGGAGGUCCAGCACGUCAUCCCUGACGAGCUGCGGCAGGCCACCUCGGAGCGGGCCAGCGUGCGCGCCUACGACGAGUUGCCCCAGCACUUGCAGCACACAGUCGUCGGCAAGAUGAUGGAGCGGGACAUGCUGGACCUGGGGCCCCCGAGCUACAAGAGCGCGAGCAUCAAGGACACCGUCACCUCUACGCCAUGGGCAGGGGUCGAAAGGAAGAUCCACGCGUGGUGGGCGGAGAUUUCCUCCUUGGCGCGGCAGCUCUCGCACCGUGAUGCCCGAGCGCAGGAGGCAGCAGCAAGUCGACAGGGCAAGACCCAGGCACUUCCCGAUGAGGACUCAGGAGGUGGACAGGGCCCGUCGGCGCCGGAGCUUGGCCCCGUCAUGUCUGGCAGCCAGGUAGGACGCAACACCAUGGACAUCCAAGAUCACGACCCCUUCGAGGAUGAGGAGGACUACUUGGAGUACCGCCAGGAGAUCGCAGACCAGGAGAACAGCGAUGGGUACCACCAGCACAUCGAGGGGCAGCAGGACAGCUUCGAGUUCGGCCAGACCGAGACCGCAGAUCAGGAGGACUGCGACGGGCACCACCAGAUCAUCGAGGGGCAGCAGGACAGCAUCGACUACGGCCCAGAGGCAGAGGAGCCACGAGAUAUGGGCCUGCCCCCACCAGACCUCUGGAUUGAUGACCAGCACCAGCGGGAGCGGGAAGACUACGUGGCCAUGAGAGACGACCUGGAGUACUGGGCGGCCAUCUGGAUGGAUAACUUGGUGCAGCUCCCCACGGACAACGGCAACUGGAUGCAGAUAUGUGUGCCGUUCAUGGAGACCAUCUUGGGUGGCGGAGGCAACAGUGGCAUGGUGGGACUGCUCAGGCGUAGGUACCAGCAGGUCCGCACCCACAGCGGCCACCAGACGCAGCAGCAGAUCAACACAAGACGGCAGCUCGCGCAGCAGCUCAACCAGCCUGGCCCAGGCAGGCUGAACGAAGAAGGUGCAGCCAAGGACCAGCAGCAGGCCCUCCUCACAGACCUGCACGCGAUAGCAGAGGGCGCCCUCGUGGACCCAGGGACGAUCAGCAGGGUAGCAGAGGAGGUAAAGAGCAUGGCCAAGCUACUCACAAAGGCGGUGGAGAAGGCGUACAUCUACUGGGUGCACGACGCCACGGCAGGCAGUGCGAAGAUGGCCCACGCCUACACCAAGGCAGCGGAGCGCAGCCACCUGGAGGACACCUUUGAGCACGAGGGCCAGGUCAUCAACCACCCGCAGCAGCUGGUGGACUUGCGCAAAGAGGCAUGGCAACGCAGGUGGACACGAGAUGCACAGAAGGCCGAGAGGAUCCAAGAGGCGCUGGCCAAGCUGAGGCAGGCUGCCUUGGCCCAAGAGAAUGCCCUCGAGCCCAUCAGCAGGGACAUCAUCGGCUCCAUCAUCCAGCACCUGAAGCGCAAUGCUGGCCAAGGAGCAGACUGGUGGAGGGCUCCAGAGCUCAAGGCCAUGGGCGCCCAGGGGCUGGAAGACUUCGUGCAGUGCCUGACCAGCUGUGAGCAACGGGCAGCGUGGCCGUGGCAAUUCUACUUGGCGCUGGAGCUGCUGCUGGGCAAGAAGCCAGGAAUCGGCUGUGAGCGCCCCAUCGGCCUCAUGCCCAUGCCGUACCGCAUCUGGAGCGCAGCCAGGAGGCCCAUAGUAGCCACCUGGAGCAAGGCAGCGGCGGGCUUCUGGGAUACGGCAGUAGCUGGCUCCUCAGCGCUACGAGUGGCAAUGCACAGACUGAUGAGGGCAGAAGCCGCCACGGAGAUGGGCUUUCAUGCAGCAGGAGUCUUCGACGACGCGGCAAACUUCUACGACAACAUAGGCCUCGACCAGCUGAUCGAGAAGGCCAGCGCCUUCCAGUGCCCGUUGCUGCCGCUGGCAAUGGCUGUGCAGAUGUACAUUGCGCCCAGGGCCAUCAUGGCCCACAGCCUCUUCUCGGACAUCUUCGAGCCUGCCAACAGCAUGGUAGCUGGCUGUGGCCAAGCGGUCGACCUCACCAGACCGCUCUUGCAUGGCAUCCUGGAUGCAGCGCACAGGCACCACAUCUUCGUCGUCAUGCAGCAGUACCUGGACGACUUGGCCCUGCAGGUAGAGGGUGCGCGGCGGCAGGUCAUUGACCAGAUCAAGCACGUGGCAGCGCUGGUGCACGAUGGAUUCAAGCAGCUCUCGAUACCCAUCUCCGUCAAGACGGCAGUGGUGGCCUCGGACAAGGACCUCCAGGCAGAAGUCGCCAGCAUCCUGGACAGCCUGGGCACCCCAACAAGCAACCAGGUGUAG